AUGGCUCCAAUCCCCGUCCACACCGCAUCACCCAUCAACAAAAAUGUCCCUUCUGACACACUGCCUGACACCUCCCCAAGCGCAGCAGCAUUGCGCUAUACGCCACCAGCUAACGCCGAAGCCAGGCCGACGACGACGACGACGACGCAACAACAACAACGCGGCAGUUCCUACUACCCUGCGGCGCGACCAGGCGCAGCGGCAGUUCCGCAGUCUACCAAUGCUGCCUCCGCAACGUACAACGGCAGACUGCAGCCGACUCUGAUGGCGGAGACGACGACGUCGACCACACUGACUCCUACUCCUACACGAACGACGGCAACAAAGGCGCCAUCAUCAAACGACGACAACAGUCCUCCCUCUCCUCAGCCAGGUGCAGUUCCGUCAGCUGCAGCAGACUACACCCUUACACCGACGACGCUUUCUCUGCCUCAACCGCCGCCGAUGCCGAUGCCUGUGCCCGGCCCGCAACCACAUCCACAUGCGCAGCAUGCGCCAUCACCAUCAUCGCCUUCUCUUAUGACACAAUCAUCAUCCCCCGUUCGACGACACGCUCUCCCCUCGCCCACACCAACCCGUACUUCGUACCCCGUCGUACCUUUUCCAUCCGCGUAUCCACCUCCCGGGCAACAGGAUCUUUCCCAUCCACCGGGCUACGUACAAGACUCGCGUGCCUCAUUCGACGACAAGCCCGUUGAGGAAUGCCAGCCCUACGAAAACCGUGCGAGCCCUUCUUCCUCCUCCUCUUCUGCCGGUCGCCGUGGCAUUCUGGAUAGUGAACCUGUCUUUGACAGCCGGGCGGAAUCUGACUCUCUCCUGAACACCGCCAUGUCUUGGGCAAAAGCUGCGGGUAAGAGAUUGUCAAAGACGGAGCAGGAGAUCUGGCGGCAUGUGAACGGGGAGAAUUAG